AUGGCUGAGUUGUCAGUCGAACGGCAAAUGCAAAUGUUUGAAAUUGAAAUGAUGCAGAAGAUUUUCUCAAGCAUGACGAAAGCGUGCUUGAAAAAGUGCAUUCCUCCUCGAUAUCAUGACGGUGAUUUAUCAAAGGGUGAGGCAGUCUGUCUGGAUCGCUGCGCUGCUAAGUUCAUGGAAGCCUACAUGCAUACAACGAAGACACUUGGGGCCAUCGCAAAUCCAGGAAUUUCGAUCGAGGGUGCCGUCAUAACAGGAGGCGGUGCUAAGUAA